AUGCUAAGAGGCUCAGCGAGAGAAGAGGCGACAUCAAGGGGAGUGUUGCGCGGCCGGCCCGCCGUCGUUGACAAUGGUCAAAGAAUAUCUGAUGAUGCUCCGAAAGGGUUGAGUCUGGCAACGAUGAAAGGGAAGGCUUUGGUACGUCAAUCUGGCAGAGGCCGCAAGGCCAACGAGUCACCGGGGCCGACCACUUUGGCACUUGGGCUCAUUCUUUCACUCUCAACUGAUGUUCACCCGUUGCUGCAUGUACCCAUGGACGUCACCAAGGAUGCCGUAGAUGCAGCUGCAAACUUGCUGGGUCCAUAUCUUCAAAAUAGCCCCACGCGAGAUACGAAUUUGCAUCUCGAUCGCAGCGAGCUGGUGAAGCAGGCGAUUUACCAUCUGAAAGCCAUCAAUACCGCCAACCUCAUGGCCGAUGUGAACACGCCUUACGAUGCAUCUCUCGCCGGUGUCGCGUAUGGCUUGUUUGAUCUGGUCAUGCUACUCGGUAUCAUACCGCAUCUGUCUCCUGGUGUUGCUUUCAGCCAACGCCCGAAGUCUGUUUUAUCUGUGACGAGUGCGCAAUUCCCUAGCACUGGCGAGAGGGAUGAGAUGCUUUCCGAGGUCAUCGAUCAUCUCUUACCUAUCCUAGAACAGAACAGAACCGGUGUGCAGCCACUCCUUUCUCAACGCGUCCUCCCUGAUAUCGUCACAGCCCUGGCCGAGUUGUCUUUCUCUCCCACUUCAAACCCGAAGACGCGCCAGAAGUAUCAAAGUGAUUUUCACAGGGUCAUCCUGGAGACACCUACAUCGCGGCUGCUGCCUAUUCUGACCACGCUCCUGCAACAGCCCCUCCCGCCCUGGUUGAAGCCCGUCGUCUCCAAUGAAUUGUCCCAUCUCCCUUUUCGAGAGAAAGGAAUUAGGCAUAUCAUUGAGUUUCUUUCACUCUCCUAUCUAUCCAAAACCUCUCAAAUACCACAAGACGCCUUGGGUCCGCAGUCGCAGAUACCCAUUCCCAUAGAAGCUAUUGCCCAUGCGUCACGCCUACUAGUUCUGCCGCCGACAGGUACUCGUCAAGAUAAAUGGCUGCGGUGUCUCGCACCUCAACUCCUGAGCCUCCUUGACGGUGAGUCAGGAAAGGAGUUGGCUCGAGCAGCGGGACAGAUCAUUGCCGAUGGGAUCCUCAGCAAAAAGACCACAGGUGCGCCAGGUACGGUAGGGUGGGACUUGUUUGUGAUGCCAAUCUUCCAGAAGAUCUAUCCAAAACAGAUUGAAGCAGAAUUUCCAACCAUGCAUCAUGGAGAUGAGGUACUUGUCCAAGAUCUGGACCUAAAGUUAGCUUUGAAGCGACUUGUCGCUAUCCUUUCGUCUUCCUCACACGCUGGCCUCAUGAAACGGCUCGUCGGGCCUUUACUACUCCCGCUCUGGGCACUUCUGAAUUUCGCCAAGGCAAGACCUUCCCUUGACAAUGAGUGGACACGGUUAUCACAAACUUCUCUAUCUCGCUACUUGGCUACUUGUUGCGAGGCUAAAUACGUCGACAAGAUCGCUCUGAAUCUAUUCUGGGAUGGAGAUACUUCAUGGAUCUUUGGCAGCGGUAGUCAUGGUGGUGUAGAAAUACGUCGACGAAGCGGAGAAAUAUCAGGGCCCAGUGCAAUGAGUAGUAUCCUAACUCGCAUCGAAAAUCUUAGUACCAGGGUUGAGCUUCUCGCAUUUCUACUAGUAGAUGCUGACAUUCCGGACGCGAUUGCCGGCACCAUUUUUCUCAUGGUCACAAAGCGAUGGUUAUCCCCCGCGAAGAAGGCAACUGCGAGUUUGACCUAUGAAACUGACACCGAUCUUCUAGCACCCUUGAUAGACGCGAAACUCUCCGAAAUGCUAGCUAUCAAGUUCAAGGACAAGUUUGCACGGAGUCCGCGAAAUAUCAUCGAACUUAUGGCACAGUUGAUCCAAAACACGGUGGAUAGGUACAAGUUGAAACUACCAGCAGGUUCCAAGUCUUUGGCUGCAAGCUGCGCAAUGUUCGAACACAUUGUGAAGCAGAAAGACGGAGAUCAGAGAGAGGCACACGCGGCAGGUGGAGAUACAACAGAUGACGACUUGGUCACCUACGCGCUCGGUAUAUUGAACGCAUUAAUGUCUUCGCCCGGAUUCCAACAGUCACCAGAGAUUAUCGCAGCUCUGAACACAACGCUGCCGUCUCUCACAUAUCUUACUCAACAACACAGCAACGCCGACAUCUCAACUCUUAUCCGGAGCUCCGCAUCCACGCUUUUGCAGCUCAUUAGCGCGCUGAACUCGUCUGCAACAGCAACCACGACUCCAUUCAUCGACCCCCUCAGCGACUACCGCGCAACUCUCAAGACAGUUCUAUCGGAAAUUACCUCCGCCGAUCCUCCCAAUCGCGUGUGGGCUCUCAGUACCCUACACAGCCUCAUUAGAAAUCCCAUUGCCUUCCCAGUAGUCGACAUACCAUCGUUAAUACACAUGCUCCUUUCCAGCUCCCUCGCAGACCCAGAAUCAUAUGUCCAUACAGCCGCCGCCCCAGUCAUCCUCUCUCUAGCAAUCCGCAUUCCAACCUUCGUUGUGAAGACCAUAACAGAAGCAUUUCUCGACAUUGAUGAAGUGUCGCUGAAAUCCGGUCACGGCAAAGAGGCCGAGGAGAAGGAAAGGGCUUUGCAAGAAUCUCUAGACUACCGUCUGAGAAUCGGAGAAUUACUACAUACCAUUGUUCUCUCUCAGGAACUCUGGCAAGGACCGUCGAGCAAUAAGGGAACACAUUAUGAAACAUUGCGCCAAAUUUUCAAGGCCUGUCUGGUCCUAGCAAGUCGACGCGGUCGGCGACAUGAUACCCAAACCUCACGUAUCCUAAUUUCAAACGCCUCUCGUCGCAUACAGGAAGAAACGGAAGAAGCAUGGGGCGGUCCGGUCCCUAACGUUCUCGAACCCGAGGGACAUGACCCGAAAGAUCAGGCAGAACUAGACGCACUUUCCAACAUAUUGAGAGAAUGGGAAGAUACCGGGCUAGAAGAAGAUGUACGCAUUCGGACGUCUGCAUUAAGCGUAUUGUCUACUGUGUUGGAGUAUAGACUCGAUCUGCUGCCUCAGGCCAUGGUGGAUACAUCGCUGCAAAUGGUGCUUACGAUGCUUGCUAUGGAGACGUCAAGGGGCAAGGCAAUGCUAAGACGUGCGGGACUCCUUGUGCUGCUAGGUCUUCUGCGUGGUCUUGAUACUGCUCUUGAUGAAGAUAGGGGUGGCGUAGCGGACGUUAAUAUCAUGCAACAGCGGGAGAUCGAAAAGAUAAUUCGGUGGGUGAAGGACGAGGAUGGGGAUGCGCUGACACGGGGUCAUGCCGCGAGUGUUUUGGAAGGGUUGGAGACAAUGAGGAUGAAGAAAUUGUAUAGGAUAAGGGAUGGAGGGUUGAGAUUGGGGCCCAAUCUUGAGCUGGAGGGUAAGUUGCGCGGACUUGAUGUAACGCCUGGCGGCAACAGGGACACGACAACUAGAGGCACGAUGGUGGAAGAGGUGGAAUAG